CCCUGAAAGCGCAGUUGUUCUUGUUUCAGUGUUUUCUAUUGCGUGAGACGCGUUAUUUCUUUGUGUUUUUCUGUUACUGAAAGAAUAUUAUGUUCAAAGGAAGGCUGUGUACGUGAGCGGAAUGUCAACGCUACAGAGCACCGCCCCUUGCGGUCUGAAGUAGCCAAUCGGCAUUCGUUUUAGUCGUAGCGUUCUAGUAGGUCAGAUCACAGUUACUCAUUUGCAUAUGGAAUCGUAUAAAUACCCUGCCUCCAUUAGUGACACCAUUCCGUCUCACCACUAAAACGAUAAUUAUGCCGGAGCCAGCUAAGUCUGCACCCAAAAAGGGGUCUAAGAAAGCCGUGUCGAAGACAGCAGGCAAAGGUGGAAAGAAGCGCAAGAGGACUAGGAGGGAGAGUUACGCCAUUUAUGUCUACAAGGUCUUGAAGCAGGUCCACCCCGAUACCGGCAUCUCCUCUAAAGCGAUGAGCAUUAUGAACUCCUUCGUGAAUGACAUCUUUGAGCGUAUCGGAGGAGAAGCUUCCCGCCUAGCCCAUUACAACAAGAGAUCCACCAUCUCCUCCCGGGAGAUCCAGACCGCAGUGCGUCUGCUUCUGCCCGGUGAGCUUGCGAAGCACGCCGUGUCCGAGGGAACCAAGGCUGUGACAAAGUACACCAGCUCCAAGUAA